AUGCUAAAAUGUGCCUCUCCUAGUUGCUUUGUCCAUUUUCAUUAUGAAUGUGCUAAAAGUACAAACACUGGUGGAUAUACCUUUGAAUCAAUGAGAAGAAAUAGUAAAUUAUAUUGUUCACUACAUCAUUGUACAGCUUGUUUUGCUGAUCAUAAUAGGACUAGAUGUUUUAAUGGUAAAUUAUUUGCGUGUGAUCAGUGUGAACUUGCCUGGCAUGAGGACUGCAUACCUGGUGGAUGUGAAAUUGAUGAAAAAGGCAAAAUCAUAUGCCCUCGUCAUGUAAUUUUUGAUGAUGCAACAAAUCUCCAUUUGCAACAUUGUGCUGAUUGUCAACAGGGACCGCUUCAAGGAGAAAAACUCGUAAAAUGCACAAAAUGUUUCCGUUCGAUGCAUUUUAAAUGUUAUAGCAGGCCAAAAAGAGAUUACGUUAUGGAUACAUCUGAAGAAAGGGAAAUUGCAACUUGUCAUUGGUGUGAUAUGUUUGAUUUUGUUCGUUACAAUGAAUAUGCUAUGGCCAGAUUUUCUAGACAAAAAUGGUAUCCUUGUCAAAUUAUAAAAAAUGAUGAAUUUCCAAUUAAAAGUCCUCAACUUGGCGCUGUUGGCUAUCUUUGUGUUAAAUGGCUUCCAUACAGAGGCAAAAUUUAUUAUAAUAUACUUUCGCAUAAUCGAGUGAUUACAAUGACUCACAGUGAUUAUUUUUAUAUUACUGAAGCUAGUAAAUCUGAUAUUUUUGCAGAGUGGACAUCAGCACAAGAAUUUAUGCUUAAAAAUAGUUUAACUCAACGGCCAUUAAAAACUGAUCAAAUCCCAGAUAAAUUAUUUAGUAAUGGUGAGAAAAUUGUCAAACAAUUGAAUAACAAAUACUCUAAAUCUGAAUUAAAAAUGCCGCGGGAUCGUCUAUUUGGUAGGGACAAUUGUAAAUGUCCUAGCGAUGCAACAGACAGAUGUGGGCCUUCUUCGAAAUGCAUAAAUCGAGCAUUGAACAUGGAAUGUCCAAAGGAUUGUAAUGAACUACCAAACAAACCAUGCAACAACAGACGCAUUAGUGAAGGAAAAAAUUGUAUUCAAGUAAAAAUUGAAUAUUUUCAUGGAAAAGGAUAUGGAGCAAUUUCAAUGGAGGAUAUACCAGCGGGAGGAUUUGUGGGUGAAUAUACUGGAGAAGUUAUUGAUGAAGAAGAAAAACGUCGUCGAAUAGAUAGAAUUGCUUCCUUACAAUCAAAUGAAGCCCAAUAUUAUAUUAUGGAAUUGGAUGAUAAAAGGGCUAUUGAUGCCCAAUAUUAUGGAAAUGAUAUGCGUUAUGUAAAUCACUCUUGUAAUCCAAAUUGUAUUAUCCAACAAUUUCAAAGUGAUUUUGAUCUCCAUUUGGUUUUAAUUGCAAAGAGAAAUAUAUCUAAAGGGGAAGAAUUAUCUUUUGAUUAUAAUAUGCAAAGACAAGGACUUUGGAGUGAAGUACCUUCAUGUCAUUGUGGUGAAAUAAAUUGUACGGGUAUACUUGCAGCAGAUCCAGCAACUCGACGACGUUGGGGUGAUUUGGAUUCCUCGUCUUCCAAAACAACAAAAAAUUCAAAAUCUCAUCGUUCUCUCUCAGUUCCAUCAAAUGAAAAUUCAGUGCAAGAUGUCCCCUUAUUGGCAAAAUCGACAGGAUAUAAAAGAAAAAAAUUGGAAGAUACAACGAAUAAUAAAUUAAAUUUGAAGAAGGCGAAGGUUUCAAACAGUUAAUUUUAUUUUUAUUGAGUUGAAGGAAAA